GUCCGCAUCAUUUCAUUAGCUCGCAUCAUCGUGAAGAACGUUGAUGGUGUGUUGUGUAAUUUGAUUAUUUUUAAUAUGUUUUUAGUUAAAGUAUUUAUACCCGCUUUAUUUUUAUUACUAGCGAUACCUAAAUAUUGUAAAUCUCAAGAUGUAGAGCCAACAAGAUACAGUUUUAACCAUCCUCCUUUAGACGAAGAUACAGAAUACGUCCGAAGCGUUAAUGGUGAUAGUAUUCAAGAUGAAACUGAGAAACAACUUGAGAUAAAACAAAGUGAAUCAUCAUCACAAUAUGUGCCAAUUGUCAAGCUGACCACAGGAAGUGAUGUCGAGGAGGUAAGCAAAAUUCAAACUUUAGCUGGAAAACCUAAAAAAUACAGAAAAAUUGUGCGCAACAAGAAACUUGUAAGGAGCAAUUUACAAAUACCAGUGGCUGUUAUCUACGAUAAUCCUGAUGAUAUACCAAGCACCAUAGGUAAUAUUCCACCUCAAUCUAAGGGUGCCAUUCUAAAAAACGAACUGGAAGUGGAAAUUGCACCUACGACUACUCCUAGUUUUUCAGAAACCACAACUGAGGGUAAUUUAAAAGAUAAUGAAGCAACAAAGUCAGAGCCAGAGCUAACGCUGUCUACUGAGGCUACACCAAAACCCAAAAGAGUCAAGGUUCAAAGACGGCGUAAAGUAGUUAAGAAGCCAAUUGCUGCAGAACAAGAUUUAGUUACAGUCACUGAAAGAACAUCAAAUGACAAUAGAAGGCGCAGACCAAUAAACAAAGAAACAAAUGAAAGUGAAAGGAUUGUUCAGAGAAAUCCAGUUCGAUCUGAAAAUGUCAGAAGUUUAAAAGAGCAAACUACAACUCCUAGGAUUCAGUCUAGCGCCAGGUCUACUGUUAGACGAGUAACUACAGCUGCACCGCAAGUAACUGAAAGUGAAAGAAAUGUUCAGAAGAAUCAAUUUACCUCUAGAUCUGGAAAUGUCAGAACUUUGCAGGAACAAACUACAGCUACACCUUCUAUCAUCCAGUCUAGCACCAGACCUACUUCCAGACAAACCAUUACAGCUGUUCCUCCCACUAGUCAAUCUACAAGUACAAUUAGAAAUACUGUCAGACAGUCCACAUUGGCUUCUCCUACAACCGUGACAAGCGACGUGAAAAGGAAAACUGAAAAUGGUAGAGAAAGAUUAUUUAUCCAAUCUAGAAUACAAGAAGGUGAUCAAAAUACUAAGAGGACCAGAAGCAAAGACCCGGUUGUGCCAAUUGUCGAAUCUAGAAACAUUGUGUAUUCCCACUCCGGUGACUUUCACUACAGCUAUCUCUCUGGUGAUGGCACAAGGGCGUUUGAAGAUUCAGCAAACGAGAAAAACUCCGAGGUAGUUGGCGGAUUCUCGUACAAAGACAAAGACGGUCAAGACAUAAGCCUGACGUAUGAAGCAGGUGUGGACGGCUACCGGCCGGUCGGUGCCCACUUGCCGACGCCACCGCCCAUCCCCCCAGCAAUCGCGAGAGCUCUCAAGUAUUUGGCCACAAAAUCUACCCCAGCUUAUGACACGGCAACAGAAAGUUUGUAAAAAUACCCUUGAUAGUUCAAAUCAAAUUCAAGGAUACUGUCCUUGAAUUUGUCCUUUCGCCAGAAAGUCCAGACGUCAACAUUUAUCAUAAAUUGUUAAAAUAUUUAUUAAAAAAAAGCUUAUGUUCAAACUAGCGAAACUUUUUAAUUUAUAUCUUUGGAAAUGUCAAAAAGUCCAGUAAAAAAUAGAUCCAGCUGACCUAACUUGUUUUAUAAACUAGUAUCUAUAGGUAUAUAAAAUGGAGAGGCCUUUUACUGAGGUUAAAGUGAAGUCACAUUCUGAUCGAACAUUUGAACAUUUAUGUUAAUUAGCUUUAUUUAUAGUAGCGUAUCGUGUAGGCCCAUAUUUCUCAUCAUUGCCCUUGGACGCUCACUUUGACAAACUCGUUGUGAGAUCUUUAGCUUUUAUUAAGACAAUAAUACGAUAAA